GCCCAUUGCUCAGUCCUUUUCCCCCGUAUCCGCCAUAGUGGUACGACCGAAGUUCUAUCCAUCGGAAGAAAAAACUUAAAAACUCAAGAUGGUGAACUUCACGGUGGACGAGAUCCGUGGGCUCAUGAACAAAAAAAAGAAUAUCCGGAAUAUGUCCGUGAUAGCCCACGUUGACCAUGGCAAGUCAACACUAACAGACUCCCUUGUGUCCAAGGCUGGCAUUAUCGCUGCUGCCAAAGCUGGCGAGAUGCGAUUCACAGAUACCCGCAAGGACGAGCAGGAGCGCUGCAUCACCAUCAAAUCUACGGCGGUGUCCAUGUACUUCGAGUUGGCCGACAAGGAUCUGAUUUUUAUUAAGGAAGAUAACCAACGUGAGAAGAAUGAGAAAGGUUUCCUCAUCAACCUGAUUGAUUCCCCAGGCCACGUCGACUUCUCCUCAGAAGUGACUGCAGCCCUUCGUGUCACCGAUGGUGCCCUUGUUGUCGUGGACUGCGUUAGUGGUGUUUGUGUCCAGACGGAGACAGUGCUCCGACAGGCCAUUGCGGAGCGUAUCAAGCCUGUGCUGUUCAUGAACAAAAUGGACCUUGCACUGCUGACACUUCAGUUGCAGCCUGAGGACUUGUACCAGACUUUCCAGCGAACGGUCGAGAACACAAACGUAAUCAUUGCCACCUAUGGUGAUGAAACUGGCCCAAUGGGUGACAUCAAGGUGGAGCCGUCCAAGGGCAACGUCGGCUUUGGCUCUGGUCUGCAUGGCUGGGCCUUCACGCUGAAGCAGUUUGCUGAAAUCUAUGCAGAGAAGUUCAAGAUUGAUGUGGACAAGCUGAUGGGUCGGUUGUGGGGCGAGAACUUCUACAACCCGAAGACCAAGAAAUGGGCCAAGAAGCCUGAUGAGGACUACAAGCGAGCUUUCACCAUGUUCAUCUUGGACCCAAUCUACAAGAUCUUUGAUGCCAUCAUGAACUACAAGAAGGAAGAAACAGCCCGUCUCUUGGAGAAGCUGAACAUUGUUCUUAAGGGUGACGACAAGGACAAGGAUGGCAAGAACUUGCUGAAGGUGGUUAUGAGGACAUGGCUUCCUGCUGGAGAUGCACUCUUCGAAAUGAUCACAAUCCACCUUCCAUCUCCUGUGACGGCACAACGCUACCGAAUGGAAAUCCUCUAUGAGGGUCCCCUUGAUGAUGAGGCUGCUGUUGCUGUAAAGGCGUGCGACCCAGAAGGCCCACUGAUGAUGUACGUCUCAAAGAUGGUACCGACAUCAGACAAGGGCCGCUUUUACGCAUUUGGACGAGUCUUCUCUGGUGUUGUGUCAUCGGGACAAAAGGUCCGCAUCAUGGGCCCAAACUACACUCCUGGCAAGAAAGAGGACUUGGCUGAGAAGGCUAUUCAGAGGACUGUUCUGAUGAUGGGUCGCUACGUAGAGCCUAUUGAAGAUGUGCCCUGUGGCAACAUCUGUGGUCUGGUCGGCGUCGAUCAGUUCCUGGUCAAGACAGGCACCAUCAGUACCUUCAAAGAUGCCCACAACAUGCGUGUCAUGAAGUUCUCUGUGAGCCCUGUUGUGCGUGUGGCAGUAGAGCCCCAGAAUGCCUCCGACCUGCCCAAGCUUGUGGAAGGCCUGAAGCGUCUGGCUAAGUCAGACCCUAUGGUGCAGUGUAUCAUUGAGGAGUCUGGAGAGCACAUCGUGGCUGGUGCUGGUGAGCUGCACCUGGAAAUCUGCCUCAAGGAUUUGGAGGAAGAUCAUGCAGGCGUCCCGCUCAAAAAGACUGACCCUGUUGUCUCGUACAGGGAGUCUGUCCAGGAUGAGUCUAGCAUCAUGUGUCUCUCCAAGUCUCCCAACAAGCACAACCGUCUCUUUAUGAAGGCUUGCCCGCUGCCUGACGGCCUUCCUGAGGACAUUGACAAGGGUCAAGUAAACCCACGUGAUGAUUUCAAGAUCCGUGCCCGUUACCUAUCCGACAAGUAUGAAUGGGAUGCCACCGAGGCCCGUAAGAUCUGGGCAUUUGGACCUGAAGGCACAGGCCCCAACCUGCUAGUGGACGUCACCAAGGGUGUGCAGUAUCUGAAUGAAAUCAAGGACUCUGUCGUUGCUGGUUUCCAGUGGGCCACCAAGGAGUCCGUACUGUGUGAAGAAAACAUGCGCGGUGUACGGUUCAACAUCCACGAUGUCACCCUGCAUGCUGAUGCUAUCCACAGAGGUGGUGGUCAGAUCAUCCCAACAGCCCGACGGUGCCUGUAUGCCUGCAUGUUAACUGCGUCGCCAAGGCUUAUGGAGCCAGUGUACCUGGUGGAGAUUCAGUGCCCUGAAAAUGCUGUGGGUGGCAUCUAUGGAGUGCUGAACAGGCGUCGAGGUCACGUUUUUGAAGAAUCCCAGGUUGCUGGCACACCCAUGUUUGUGGUCAAGGCCUACCUGCCCGUCAACGAGUCAUUCGGCUUCACGGCUGACCUGCGUUCCAACACCGGAGGCCAAGCCUUCCCACAGUGCGUGUUCGACCACUGGCAGAUCCUGCCUGGUGACCCCCUGGACGGCAAGUCCCGCCCCUACAACGUUGUCAUGGAAACCCGCAAGCGCAAGGGCCUCAAGGACUCUCUGCCAGAUCUGGAUCAGUACUUCGACAAAUUAUAAUCGCUGGCAACAUAACAUCGCGCUUGUUACUGGCCGGUUCUCGUCGACCCGUUGGUCUGCCUUGAGUUUUUUUUUUUUUUUUAACAUAGGAGAUGGAAGUUUUAUGUGAAGAUCCUGGGAAGAACCGACGGUCUAUCCUGCACAGUGCGGAGACCAUUUUAUUGUUAAUUUUGUUUCCUGUCCCGCCGUGUCUUGUCAGAACGUUGGUUACGGGCGCACUACAGAGCUACACCACGAAUAAAAGAUUUGUGGACCUUCA